ACUCCCGCCCCGCCCCCUCGCCGCGCCGCGCCGGCAGCUGAGAGCCAGCAGGGAGCGGGGCCGGGGCGAGGGGGCGCCAUGCCGUGGGGCAGCAUCGAGGUGGAGGCGAAGUUCACGGCCGGGCCGGACACGGAGGCCAGGCUGGCGGCGCUGGGGGCGGCCCUGGCCGGGAGCUCGUCCUUCCGCGACCUGUACUACGACACCCCCGACCUGCGCCUCACGCGGGCCGACCACUGGCUGCGGCUCCGCCAGGGCGGCUGGGAGCUCAAGUGCCCCCCGGUGCCCCCCGGAGGAGCCGCCCUGGCCCCGCAGCCGCCCGCGGGGGGCACCGGCGGCGGCCCGGAGGCCGCGGCCCCGGCGCCUCCCGCCGUGGCCCCCACCUACCAGGAGUUGACGAGCCCCCGUGCCAUCGUGGGCCGGCUGUGCGGGGUGCUGGGCGUGGCCCCCGCGCCCGCCUGGGACCAGGUGCCCGGCGCCGUGGCUGGCCUGGGCCUGCAGGAGUUCGCCAGCUUCGGGACCCGGCGCCGCAGCUACCGGCUGGGGGGCCUGCGGGUGGACCUGGACCAGGCGGAUUUCGGCUACGCCGUGGCCGAGGUGGAGGCCCUGGUGGGGGCCCAGGAGGAGGUGCCGGCGGCGCUGGAGGAGGUGCUGCAGCUCCGGCGGGCACUGGGGCGGGACGGUGCCACCCGCGUGCCCGGCAAGAUGAGUGUCUACCUCCAGCGGCAUCGCCCCCGGCACUACCAGGCGCUGCUGCGGGCAGGGGUGCUGGCCGGGGACCCGGAGCCGCCCCCCCAGGGCGACGACGUGGCCGGACCUGAGACGCUGGAGAAACGGGGCCCCUCCCCAGUGAUGGAACUGGCGGGGGGGCUGGAGAGCGAAAUGGGGCACUCUAGUGCCAGGGGGGGAUUGGGCACGGAUGGGCCCCCUCCGCAGCACAGUGCCCCCUAGCACCGGGGGGGGGAUUGGGCACGGACGGGCCCCCUCCGCAGCACAGUGCCCCCUAGCGCCGGGGGGGGGAUUGGGCACGGACGGGCCCCCUCUGCAGCACAGCGCCCCCUAGUGCCGGGGGGAUUGGGCACGGACGGGCCCCCUCUUCAGCACAGCGCCCCCUAGUGCCAGGGGAGGAUUGGGCAUGGACGGGCCCCUCUGCAGCACAGCGCCCCCUAGUGCCGGGGGGAUUGGCACAGACCAGCCCCUCUGCAGCACAGCGCCCCCUAGUGCCGGGGGGAUUGGGCACAGACCGGCCCCUCUGCAGCACAGCGCCCCCUAGUGCCGGGGGGAUUGGGCACAGACCGGCCCCUCUGCAGCACAGCGCCCCCUAGUGCCGGGGGGAUUGGGCAUGGAUGGGCCCCUCUGCAGCACAGCGCCCCCUAGUGCCGGGGGAGGAUUGGGCAUGGACGGGCCCCUCUGCAGCACAGUGCCCCCUAGUGCCAGGGGGAUUGGGCACGGAGGGGCCCCCUCUGCAGCACGGCGACCCCUAGUGCCGGGGGGGGAUUGGGCACGGACGGGCCCCUCUGCAGCGCAGCGCUCCCUAGUGCCGGGGGGAUUGGCACAGACCGGCCCCUCUGCAGCACAGCGCCCCCUAGCGCUGGGGGGUGGGAGAAUUAGGCAGGACCGGCCCCUCUGCAGCGCAGCACAGCGCCCCCU